AUGUUCCAACAACCCGCUAAACCUCCUCUUCCUCUUUUAAAACAAAUAAGGCAAUAUCAAGUAUAUCACUAUUCUAUCAACUACCGCUAUCCCCGUAAAUCACAUCAUAUGGUACUACCAAUCGGUCAAACCUCAGUUGAUCUCGUAAUCAACAUCACCACCAAUUCAGGUGGUCUCGAUUCAAUAGCCGUUCCUGGAUUACAAUGUAUUGAAAUUGAUAUGAGUAAAGUUAAUUUUAAGUUUAGUUUACCAUCUAUGUAUAGGUUAAUCAAUAUGAUGGUUAAUGUAAUAGUGGACUAUCCAAACGGAUAUCCACUGUAUGUAUCUCAGCUACCGGUCACAUGCACAACAGUAUCGCCCUACAGUUGCAAAUUGAUUUCACCAGAUGGUCUUACACCAAAACUUCAAACAUUGAUCAUUUCCAUAGCUGAGGAAUAUUCAAGUGAACCUCCACCCGAUAUCCCAAUAAAGCUAACUGUCAGAGGUAUUGAUUUUACCACUAGCUUCAAAAAUCUAUUCCCCUAUAAUGUUAGCAGAACUUCAAAUGUUGUUAAAGAAAUUAACUAUCCGCCAUCGGGUAAAACAAUCGUUCAAGAUUAUCAAAUGUUCCCCUAUGAAAAAGUAAACAUUUUAUUGGUAGAGAACUCCAAUUCAUUUUUCUAUAUCAAAGACUCCUCACAAAGUAUGCCAUCGUUUUCUCCUUACACUUUGCUACAACAAAAUCAAACACACUCUACCUAUCUCCAAAAUACUGCAUAUCGUACCAUUCUGAGCGGUCAAAUCAGUCCAUUGAUUCUAGAUAACCAAACAACUAUCAUAUCAAACAAUUACUCAUCUACCUACACUAGAUUUUCAUUAAAUCAACCUCUGUCUUCAAAUAAUGGAUAUGAUCCGAGUUUAGGAUGUUUUUUGGGAUUUGCUACUAUUAAUAUAUCUACUAUCGGUAAACCAGUUUUGGUUACAUCUGUUUCAUCAUCCUCCGCGCUAAACUAUCCAAACCCAUACCCAUACAGCUAUGACCCAAUUCAAGGAGUAUUCACAUUCUCAAAUGUCUUUGCUCUAAGUAGUUAUCUACAAAAAGAUAAUUUAUUUUUAAAUUUCUCUCCUGGUGGUUUUGGCACAUCUCCUUUUAGAUCACUCCCAAAAAGUAUACUUUACACUAGAGUGUAA